UAUAGCCCAAUACAAUUAGGCUAUGCUAUGUAGAGCUACUACGCUUUGAAUUGUUGCAUUCUAUCCGUGAUUUUUUUUUGUUACUGUCAGAGUUUGUGUCUCCAUGGGUUUCUCUUCAGAUAAGCGUAGGCACGCGAGCGGGUAUGAGCUCACACGACGUCUGGCACACCUGUAAACUCACGUAGGCCUGCAUCGAAAAACAAGCCGCACCUCGGUCACCGGAGGAAAAAAAUCACAACACGCUGAGAGAAAGACACUCGAGGGGGUGAAAGGGUGCGGUAUACUUCCUCGGUGGCUCCACCGGCCAACACCACAUUUGUUUCCUUUAUGGACUAACGUUUGUGUGGGCUUCAGAUAAUUAUCAUCAGAGUUGAUCACGGGAAGCAUGUCUCACAGAGUCCUCAUGGCAGGCUCCAUCCACUAUGAGGAGAGGCGAUAAACCCAUUCAUUACCUCUGAGGAGAGACGGUAAACCCCACACAUGACACCAUGCAGUGAUGGAAACCCACCUCCACUGGCAAGAUGACUCUGUCCCCUCCACCUCGCCCAUCAGGGUCACCUCUCUCCUCCGUGUCCUUCCCCAUGAACGUGUCCACUCUUCCCACGCAGGGUCUCUACAACCACUCCAACGCCACAGGUGUGUCCGUGUCACACACCUUCACCUGGGAGAUGGGUCUGAUCGUCCUCAUAACGGGACCCCUGUCCGUCGUCACCAUCAUCGGAAACCUUCUGGUCAUAAUCUCCUUCCGGAUCAACUCUCACCUGCGGACGGUCAGCAACUACUUCCUGUUGAGCUUGGCGGUGGCCGACCUUGUUCUGGGCACGGUGUCCAUGAACCUCUACACGACCUACAUACUCCUCGGGCGAUGGGCGCUGGGCAACCUCGCCUGUGACGUCUGGUUGACCGUCGACUACGUGGCCAGCAACGCCUCGGUGAUGAACCUGCUGGCCAUUUGCUGCGACCGGUACCUGUCCAUCACGCGACCUUUGACUUAUAGAGCCAAGAGAACCCCAAAGAGGGCGGCCAUCAUGAUCGCCUUGGCCUGGGGCGUGUCUCUGAUGAUCUGGGCGCCCCCCAUCUUAUUCUGGGAGGACAUCGUGGGCGAGAGGAAGGUUCCAGAAGGCGAGUGCUUGGUCCAGUUCUUCUACGUGCCGGUGAUGACCUUCGUCACGGCCAUCGCGGCGUUCUACCUGCCGGUCACCAUCAUGGCGGUGCUGUAUUGGAGGGUCUAUCGAGAGACGGAGCGCCGCUCACAGCAGCUAGCUGGACUGACCGGCACAGUGACCACGGCCCUGGCCAUCACAUCACAGGCCUCAGGGCAGCAGUUCUCCCAGUCGAGCAGCAGCAACGCCAGCAGCUCCGGAGAGCCCCAGUCCCCGAGCCCCACCAGGGCGCAGCCGGACGGGCCGAGCAAGGGCACCGAGGUAGCCGGCUGUUGGCUGACCGUCCUGCACUGUCUGAAGGGAGAGAGGGGGGCAGCGCGAGAGGGGGGCCCCGGGUCCCCGUCCGCCGGCCAGAACCAGAGCAGCGGCUACACCCACGCCAGCAGCAGCAGCCUGGACAGCAUGGGCGGCCCCGGCAAGGACGAGGACUUCAGCAGGAGCGUGCAGAUGCCGUUGGUGCCCAUGGGCGACGGCGGUGACCGCGGCGGCGAAGAGGCCGAGGAGGGUCGCUUGGCCGCCGACCGGCCUCCUCCUCCUCCGCCCGUCGCCCGCAGGAUCGGCGCCCUCUCGUCGCCCGGCGUCCGGCCCCACUCCAUCGCCCUCCUGGCGGCGGCGACGACGUGCGGCGCCUCGCGGACCCUCCGCAGGCUCCGCGGCGGCGGCGCCGGGCCGUCCUCGCUGAUCCGCGAGCGCAAGGCGGCGCGGACGCUCAGCGCCAUCCUGCUGGCGUUCAUCGUCACGUGGACGCCGUACAACAUCAUGGUGCUGGUGUCCACCUUCUGCGGCGGCGGCUGCGUCCCCGAGCAGCUGUGGCAGCUGGGCUACUGGCUGUGCUACGUCAACAGCACCGUCAACCCCGUCUGCUACGCCCUCUGCAACCAGCACUUCCGCGUCACCUUCAAGGAGCUGCUGCUGUGCAGGUGGAGGGGGGAUCGGAGGAGGAGGAGGAGGCGUGGGAUGGGAUGA